AUGACUGGGAACUCGAUCAACUUCUGGAAUACAUAUGGCCAGUUCGACGCUGCAACCUUGCGCGCUCUUCAUGCUGACCUGCCUUCUGGGGCCCUCACCACCGCCCAACGCCUCGCCUCCAACCACCCCAACACGACCGCCGUCGCCCUCACCCUCCCCGACGACGCCGACGUCCUCUCCACCGCAAUAUCCAACACAGACAUUAUCAUCUCCCUCCUGCCCUACGUCUACCACCCCACAAUCAUCCAAGCCGCCAUCACCCACCACAAACCCGUCGUCACGACAAGCUACAUCUCCCCCUCUCUCUGGGCCCUCCAUGACCAAGCCCGCGCCGCUGGCAUAACAGUUCUGAAUGAAAUCGGCCUCGGCCCGGGAAUCGACCAUCUGUAUGCCAUGAAAACCAUCCACGAGGUUCAUUCCUCCGGUGGGAAGGUGAGGUCGUUUGAGAGUUGGUGUGGGGCGGUUCCUGCCCCUGAGAAUGCGGAUAAUCCAUUGGGGUAUAAGUUCUCGUGGAGUCCUAGGGGGGUUUUGUUGGCGUUGUUGAAUGAGGGGCGGUGGUAUUGGGAGAAUAAGGUGGGGGUGCGGGAGAGGGAGUUGAUGAGGAGUGCGAGGGUUGUGGAUGUGGAUGGGUUUGGGCUUGGGGAGGUUUUGCAGGGUGUGGAAAUGGUGGGGUUACCGAAUCGGAAUGCAACUGGGUUUAGAGAUUUUUAUGGAAUCCCGGAGGCGAGGGAUGUGUUUAGGGGGACGUUGAGAUAUAAGGGAUUUCCGGGGGUGGUGGGGGCGUUGGUUGAGAUUGGGUAUUUUGGGAUAGAGGAGAUCCCAGUGUUGAGAGAUGAUGACGAGGGGAUAAGUUGGUUGGAGCUGACGGGGUUGUUGGUGGGGAUUUGUAUGGAGGAGCGUACGGAUGAGGUGGUGAGGGACGCGGUGGUGAGAACGGUGGCGUGUUUUAUUGAUGAUGAGGAGGAGGUUGAGCGGGUGGUCAAGGGCUUGGAGUGGAUUGGCUUGUUUGAUGCUGAGACCGUGGUGGAUGGACGUGGCACGCCGCUGGAUACGCUGUGUGCCCUGUUGGAGCGCCGCAUGGCUUAUGAACCUGGGGAGAGGGAUAUGAUUAUUUUGCAGCAUGUGUUUGGGAUUGAGCGUGCGGAUGGGUCGAUGGAGAAGAGGACCAGUACUCUGGUCGAGUAUGGGGAGCCUCUUGCUGAAGAAUCGCGCAGUGCCAUCGCUAAGCUGGUGGGUUUGCCGUGUGCCGUGGGCGUGUUGGCUGUGUUGGAGGGUCGUAUCUCGCAGAAGGGAAUGGUGGCGCCGUGGUCAACGCCGGAGAUUGCAGCCUUGUUGCGGGAGGAGCUGAAAGGGCAGUUUGGCAUUGAGUUGGAGGAGAGGGUGGUUGGAUAGGAUGUCUGUUGGGUUUGGGUCAUGUUCAAAGGUGUCUCUGUAGGAUCAAAUGUGGAUUAGUCUACGAC